GCUCGAGGGGCGGCCGCGGGCCGAAGCAGCCCGCGGCGCGCGCGGAGAGCGCCUGCCCCCUCCCCUCCUCCUGGCCUCUCCCCCCUUUCUCCAGGGCCGCCGGGUGCCUUGCCCUGACCGCCCCGCUUCCGCGCUGUGGCGGCCGCGGCGCACGCGGCGUGCGCGGAGCAGAGGGGAGCCAUGGCGUGCCUCCGCACCGAGCACGGCGUGGUCGCCAUGAGGUGGGGGAAGAGCCGCGAGAAGCAGUCGAUCACCGUGAGGGACUCCAAGGCCCAGCCGAAGGCGAUCACGGGCGGCUGGCUGCGGAGCUCCGACAGGAACCACCGCCCAGGCUGGCAGAGCCCAGAGGAGCUCGCGCUCUACCAGAAGGCCCUGAAGCAGGCCUGCCUGCUGGCGGCGCGCCAGAUGGACCUGAGGGAGACCCUCCGACCUGGACGAUAUGCAGAAGGCGCAGGUGGUUGCCCGCGAGAAGGGGUACCCGCAGUCGGUGGAGGCUGUGCAACGUGCCAGGACGAGGCGCGGAAGAAGGUGCAGGACAUGGAGCACGGCAAGGACCCCGUUCCCCUGCCGCCCCAGAACCUGCGGGCCGAGGCCGAGCGCCUUAGGAGGCGCGAGGAGCCCAAGAAGAACAAGGUGUACAAAAAGGGCCAGAAGACCGGCUUGGACAGACAGGCUUGGUUCCUGAUCGAGGGCGGGAAGCUGAAGAUUUACCCGAGCGACAGGAAGGGGUGCAAGCCGAAGACCGUGUAUGAGCUCAGUGGCAUCCACUGUACCCUCCAAGACGAGAGGACCUUCCGAAGGACGGACGCGAGCGCUCCGAAGGGCUUCACCGAGAGGCUCCAGGUGACCAUCCCCGACCGCAAGCAUGGGCCGUUGUUUUUGUACAGCACGGGCAACCAGGCCGCCUCGCGGCGCGACAGCGGCGACGGCGGCGGCCACGACGAUCCAAAUUUUUGCCAAGUUGCGAAGGUGGGGAACAUCCUCCUGGUCAGGGGCUGGACGUCGCUCUUCAGAUACCAUCGCGAACUUGACACCCUAAGGAGACUCGUGUACAGGUUCCAGGGUAAAGUAACGAUGAUGGAGCUCUCGAAGGGCAUGACGAAGUUCAAGCUCGCCUACAAAAAGAGAAGACAGGACGAGGAACUCAAGGAGCAGCAGCAGCAGUGGGCGGCGCAGCUGCUCGCAGACAAGCUGCAGCGGGUGAAGGCCGUGACGACGUUACGCGAUCCCAGGGGCGUGCGGCACGACGUUGUCUCCUCUGUCCAGUCGAGGUUCCGGGUGUACAGGCAGACCAAGAUGGCGGACCGCGAGUACCCGCUCGGCACCUCCGUGCAGAGCCGGGUGCAGCAGGCCCUGACCGGCAAAGUGGUCGGCGCGGCCUUCAAGUCCCUCAAGAGCGUCGAGGCGCUCACGCUGAUCCUGAACAAGGAGACGGAGAGGCAGAUCCGAGGCGUGGAGUCCCAGAUGAAGGGGAAGCUCAAGACGUACUCCGAGGAGGGGAGGCGGGUUAGCAUGCCUGCGGGUCAAGUCAGCAUCAACGUGUCCGACAAUUUCGGGAUGCUGUCUUUUGUCGACACCGACUCGGAGAUGGAGCACUCCCACCUGAACAACGCAGGAUGGGCGCAUUACGUCAACAUUGAUGAGAUCAGCUCCGUGAUUCUCCACUCCGAGCGCAAAAUGGCGCUGCGGAACAAGAAGUACGAGCUGUCAGCAUCGAUGUCCAAGGGCACGUGGGUCACCAUCAACGGCCCUCGGAUCUGCUGGUGCCGCCACGUCCGGAUGGACGCCGAGGGGCGCAAGGAGGUGGUCGGCGCCGCCAACCCCUUCGGAGUGCCCAUGGCGCUCGCGCAGGGCGCCAAGGUGCGCUGGUUCCGGGUGUCCGUCGUCGUCAAGAGCGCUUCCGUCGUGGCGGAGGGGGGCGCCAACGCUGAGGAGCCCGAGGCUGACGAGGAGCUCGAGACAUACAUGGUGCUGCACUUCCUCGGCCGGCGCUUCCAGAGCGAAGUGCAGGCGGGUGAGUCGCCGCGCUACUUUGUGCUCCCCGUGCCGCAGGCGGCGUCAGGCGGCGCCCAGACCCUGGAGGUGGAGGUGCCCAUCUCCGACGAGGGUGGUCUGGCCGCACUCGACGACAGCGAGGUCGGCAUGGAUAUUGUCGCGUGGAACCACGACCCGGCGCUGCGCCGGACCAUUUGGGCUGGCAAGCUGCCGCUCUGGAAGGCCCCACCGGACCACGGACUGCCCACGGGGCCUCACAAGCCAGUCGGCUCGAAGCUGCGCUCGGAGCCCGUCGAGAGAGGGGAGAGGUUCCUGCAGCGCUCGAAGCCGAUGCCGCCGCGCAUCAUCGUGUGGCAGAAUGAGCCGCCUGCUUAA